AUCUGUCUCUUAUCUAAUCUAAUUUUAUGAAAAAGCAGCAAUCAAUACUCAACUUUUUCCACAAAACCAUGAAUUGUUGUUAUUUCCCUUUCUUCAUUUUACGAUUGUUGUCUCUUUUGUUCCUUUUGUCUCUUUUAUCUUUAGUCUCUGCCUCAAACGACACUUCUAAACUCUUCCAAGAGUGGAGCAAACAACAUGGUAAAACAUAUCCUUCGGAAGAGGAAAAGCGUUACAGGUUCAAAGUGUUCCAAGACAAUUAUGCUUUUGUCUCACAACACAAUGAAAUGGGAAAUUCCAGUUAUACCCUCUCCCUCAACGCUUUCGCAGAUCUUACCCACCAUGAAUUCAAGACCACUCGUCUAGGCUUUUCACCUUCUUCGUUGUUAAGAUUCAAAUUCAAUCAUUUUGAAGAUCAACAAUUCGAUGAUAAUGGUAUUUUACAAGUUCCUUCUGAGAUUGAUUGGAGAAAGAGUGAUGCUGUUACUCCUGUCAAAGACCAAGGAAGCUGUGGUGCUUGUUGGUCAUUUUCGGCUACCGGUGCUAUCGAAGGGAUAAAUAAAAUUGUGACAGGGUCUCUUGUGAGCCUUUCUGAACAAGAAUUGGUAGAUUGCGAUAGAACUUAUAAUAGUGGUUGUGAUGGUGGACUCAUGGACUAUGCAUACCAAUUUAUCAUUGACAACAAGGGGAUUGACACCGAGGAAGAUUACCCGUAUCAAAGUCGUCAAUUGCUUUGCAAAAAAGACAAGUUAAAAAGGCGUGUUGUUACGAUUGAUGGUUAUACUGAUGUGCCUCCAAAUGACGAGAAAAAACUACUAAAAGCUGUUGCAGUCCAACCUGUUAGCGUAGGCAUAUGCGGUAGUGCAAGGGCUUUCCAGCUAUACUCAAAGGGUAUCUUCACUGGACCAUGUUCAACUUAUUUGGACCAUGCAGUGUUGAUUGUAGGAUAUGGUUCGGAAAACGGAGUAGAUUAUUGGAUUGUAAAAAAUUCUUGGGGAAAAUCUUGGGGAAUGAAUGGUUACAUACACAUGUUGCGAAACACUGACAAUUCUGCCGGGUUAUGUGGAAUCAACAUGUUAGCUUCAUAUCCAACCAAGACCAGCCCCAAUCCUCCAGUCCCACCUCCACCAGGUCCUAUAAGGUGUAAUUUGUUUACUUACUGUUCAAGAGGGGAAACAUGCUGUUGUGCCAAGAAAUUUCUUGGAAUAUGUUUCUCUUGGAAAUGUUGUGGUAAAACUUCUGCCGUAUGUUGUAAGGAUGAGCGUCACUGUUGUCCUCUAGAUUAUCCGAUUUGCGACAUAGGAAGGAGCCAAUGUCUUAAGAGAAUUGCAAAUGGGACGACAACAAUGCCAUCCGAUAAACAAGAUACUUUCCAUCAGACAAGGGAUUGGAGUUCUCAUUGAGUAUUUAUCAUUCACAUUACUCAUUUAAUCAUCUCCGUAGUUGAAUCCUUCCGAUUGCUAUUCAGUUUGCAUUUUGCAUUACUGUGUGUUAUUUUAUUUCUAGCAUUCAAAUAGGAUACGAAAAGAAACAAAUCAUAGCAUGUGAUAUUGAUAGGUUAGAGAAUGCUUGUAUGAUCUGAAUGUAAUACUAGAGAGGAUGCAUCUGUGUUUUGAAAUGUAUUUCUCCUCAUUGUUUUAUUAGCAGAGUUGUUAAA